AAUGUAGCCGUGUAGACGCACCCAUUUGUGUGCUGGCUAUAAAAGCGCAGCUCGCAAUGCCGCGCAGCUCAGUUGAGGCAACGACGUGGAUGGACGCGAUAUGGCCACAAUAGAGGGACAAGAGGAGAAGCCCAGCUGCCUGCUGCCGGGGCCAGAGCUGUUGGCCUUGCCGAACUUCGACUAUCAACGUGCCAGCAUCACUUCGGCGGCGUUAAGUGAUGUGCCCAGUGAUGUGAUUAUCAAAUCCCGGAUCAGAUACGGCAGUCGUCUGUCCGCCUGCAAGGGAAUGCUGCUGGAGUACUCGAAGAGCACCACCAUCCAUGGCAUACGCUACAUAUUCGAGCUGCAUCGCCCCAUAUACGAGAAUUUGGAGCGUAUGGCAGCCACCAUGCACAUUUGUGACUCGGAUGUUGCUAAGAGGUUUGCGCCGAUUCUGUCAAAGCUGCAUAGCCAGCAAACGGAAAAUGUGACGGAGACGUUGGUGGAUUUGAGCAUCUCGAAGAAUGAGACGGGUCCGUUUUGUCGCUGGAAUGGCCGGUUCUACUUUUGCUACGAGCUCUUUGACUUUGUGGCCACGGACGAGGGCAUUUGCUAUCAGUUCAACGGUUUGCGACCCAAGGAUAUUUAUCGCGAUGAGCGUUUCMUCAGCUAUGUGGAUCCGGACGUAGUUGACUUUCAGAACUACUUUGACACAAAAUUGCCCAGACUAAAUGAAAUUCGGGGCAACUGGUCGCUGUCGACGGGCUAUGUGGAUCAGGGCCAGAACUCGUAUCCCCAGCGCACUGUGGCCUCAUCGGUUGCGAAAGGGUUCUUUGCCUUCUUACAGGGACUAGAGCACAAUUACGACUACGAUUGCCGUAGCUUUAAGCAGGGCUAUAAGGUAUUUCUCAACUCUCCAGAGAGUGUGCCGGUCACAUCGAACAAUUAUAUUCUGGUGCCCCAUGGCCAUGAAGUCAUGGUUAGCGUGUUGCCCAGCUAUGUCGUGUCCACGAAUAAUUUACAUGAAAUUACAGCUGAAAAGCGUCAGUGCUUCUUCGAUGAUGAACGCCAUCUCCGGUUUUUCCGCAGCUAUUCGCAGAGCAAUUGCCAGACCGAGUGCCUGGCCAACUUUACAAUGACAAAGUGUGGCUGUGUCAAGUUUUGGAUGCCCAAGCCCUUGGAUGUGCCAGUAUGCGGACUUGAGAAGAUUGACUGCUACACUAAGGCACAGGACGAACUCUAUGCCCUAUUGCAGAAUCAGACCGUACAUCAGAGYGUCGAUCCCAAUACCAAGGUCAUGUGCAACUGCAUGCCCGCAUGCACCUCCUUGGAAUAUAACUUUGAGAUAUCCCGUGCCUUCUAUAAUCUGGAAAAAACAUUAGUAGCUUUUCGUGAAGUCUACGAGCACAGUGAUGCGAUUGGCUCGCGCCUGACCGUCUACUUCAAGGAGCAUCAGUUCACGGCUAUAAAGCGAACCGUUCUCUAUGGCGUCUCUACGUUGAUAUCCAAUUGUGGCGGUAUCUUUGGCUUGUUUAUGGGCAUCUCCAGCCUCAGCUUCAUUGAGCUCGUAUACUUCUUCUCGAUGCGCAUUUGCGGUAGCUGCAGUCAGCGGCGCAAACGCAAGGCGAUAAUAUUCCCGAAGGAACAGGAUGAAGUUCCCAUUGAUCCAUGAUGAUGAGGAUGAUGAUGUGGAUAU